GAACAUGUUGUCCAGAAUAUUAAACGUGGUCAAGUCUAGGGAGGAAUUGGGUUGAGUGCUAGUGCAGCAAGCUUGUCCUUUUCAUGCCAGCAGGUUUUCACAUGACGUAGGAGUGAUGAGGAAGGAUCCAGCCAGCAUCAUCUUAAAUUCUCUCCGACAGUCCGCCUUCAACACCAAACUCUUUGUUUAACCCUGUGGGCGCGCCAUUUAGUCGGUUUACGACCUUUUUCUUUUCUUUUACUGUGUUCUGGGACCCUUUUCCUUUUCCUUCUCGAUCAGCAUUUUGCGACUGCCCCUCUCUUUUUCCCCUCACCUCCAUUUUCAAGUUUACCCUGUGUCGCUAAUAGCUACUCGCAUUUGAAACCGCCACCAUGACUAUUUAUAUCGCUUCGCUAUUUCUGCCAUAUACCGUUAACUUCCACCUCAACGAGUCGAAAGAUCGCUCACUCCAUACCGACUCUGAGCCUACCACGAAGACACCGACCCCUGUAGCUAAUACAGCUAUCAGCUUAUUUGAAAGACGGAGCGGCGAUCAAAAAGUCGAUCUCACGACUGGUGCCACCACCGAACAUGAGCGGUUCUUCUCGUCAGAUCUCGCAAAGGCGGAACAAGAGCAAUCUGGAUACCCAUUCCCGGACGUAACUCAAGAUGUAAAUCUUUUAACGGAAAGUGAAGCACACUCUCCUGCAUGGGGUUCGACAUUAUCUUUAAACCAGCCGAGACCGCGGGCAACUAUUCCGCCGUCACCCUCCAUCCUUAAGCACCAGGAACUUACUCCCACGACAGGGUCUCCGUCUAAGAGAUUAGAUAAGGAACAAAAGCCAGUCUAUAUCCACCGCCCUAUUGGAUUCCACCAUAGUAGAGAGAGUAGCCGAAAAGGUUCCUUCUCAAGCGCUGAAUGGACAAUUGAGACGGCGGAGCAGGGCAACGGGGGCCUUCGCAACGCUGUGCGGUCAGCAACAGAUGCAGGACAAUUGGAAGACAAGGUCUGGGUGGGUACACUAGGAAUGCCGACAGAUGCCUUGUCUAAAUACACCAAAUCUGCAAUUGCUGAAAAGCUUGAGGAUGGGUACGAUUCGUUGACUGUCUACGUCAGCGAUGGCGAUUUUGAUGGGCAUUACACUCAUUUCUGCAAAACUAUUCUCUGGCCUGUGUUCCACUAUCAGAUCCCUGACAACCCGAAAAGCAAAGCAUAUGAAGACCACUCCUGGAUCUACUACGUUAAAACCAACCAAGCAUUUGCCGAGCGGAUCGCACGAAACUGGAAGCGCGGAGAUUCAAUAUGGAUUCAGGACUACCACCUGUUGUUGGUUCCCGCCAUGCUUCGUAAACUGCUACCGGACGCCGAGAUCGGCUUCUUCUUACAUAUUGCCUUCCCAUCUUCGGAAGUUUUCCGUUGCUUGGCCCCUCGGAAGGAACUCCUUGAGGGCAUGCUCGGCGCAAAUCUUGUUGGCUUUCAGACCGACGAGUACUGUCGUCACUUUCUCCAGACGUGUAGCCGCAUUCUUUGCGUUGAGGCUACCAAUGAGGGCGUCCAGCUAGAAGAUCGAUUUGUCAAUGUAAACAAAUUUCCAAUCGGGAUUGACCCUACUUCAUGGGACAAGCGACGCAAAGCCACCGACGUUGAACAGUGGGUUAAAACCAUUUCUGAAAGAUAUGAAGGGAAACGAUUGAUUGUCUCUCGGGACAAGAUCGACGGAGUCAGGGGAAUACGACAGAAGCUUCUCAGCUAUGAGCUCUUUCUUAAUGCGUACCCUGAAUGGAGGGACCAGGUGGUGUUGAUACAAGUUGCAACCAGCACGACAGAACAACCUGAGCUCGAAGCUACAAUUUCGGACAUAGCCAUGCGAAUCAAUUCUACUUUCUCAACUCUGGCUCACCAACCACUAGUUUUCCUCAAACAGGAUCUUGCUUUCCCACAGUAUCUCGCUCUAAUAUCCGUUGCGGAUGCUUUGAUGAUUACAAGUCUACGUGAGGGCAUGAACCUGACGAGUCACGAAUUCGUUUACUGCCAAGAUGGGAAAUACCGAAACAAGAAGUAUGGAUCACUGAUCCUGAGUGAAUUCACAGGAAGUGCAUCGGUGUUUGGUAACCAUGCUCUUUUGGUCAAUCCUUGGAAUUAUCGACAGUGUGCGGAGGCAAUUCACACCGCUCUAUCCAGAAGCGAGGAGGAACGCAAACAAGUGUGGACUCAGUUACACGGUGCAGUUCUUCAAAAUUCGACAGCCAAUUGGGUCAAGUCUUUUAGUGAGACUCUGAACCGAGUCUGGAAUGAGCAGUCAUCGCGUGAGAUCAUGGCAGUUCCACGGCUAUCGAUCAGCAAACUUGAAGAGGCCUAUCGCCGGUCCAACCGCCGGCUUAUCGUUGUGGACUACGAAGGUACCCUGGCUUCUUGGGGUUCGCCGAAGAGCAUCAUUGUCACUACGCCGCAACGAGCUAUCACGACACUGACGGAGUUAACCGAGGAUCCUAGGAAUAUAGUGUUUGUCAUGAGCUCCAGGAUGCCAGAAGAGAUGGAGCGAUUGUUCCGAAUGGUAGCGGGCUUAGGUCUCAUUGCAGAGAAUGGAUGUUUCGUGCGCGAACCAAAGACGGAGGAGUGGUUCAAAUUGACAAAUAAGGCCCAAACAGAUGCUUGGAAGGAGGCUGUCCGCCAAAUUCUCAGUUAUUACCAGGAGCGGGCUGAAGGCAGUUGGAUUGAACAACGUCAUUGCUCACUCAUGCUCCACUAUGGAUCGGCUGAAGACCAAGUCGCUGCCUCUCGGCUAGCUUCUGAGUGCGCAGACCAUAUCAAUGACUCUUGUGCCAACCAGGGUGUUCAUGCCGUCAUGAUGAAUGGAGCACUGGUUGUAGAGCCAGCCGACACAAAUAAAGCAUCGGCUGCAGCUAUGGUGUGGCGGCAUUGCCUUGAACGAAGCAAAAGCGGCCACAAUGGGCGGCCAGACUUUCUGUUAGCCAUUGGCGAUGGUCGAGACGAUGAGCCAGUGUUCCGUUGGGCGAACAAGCUCGAGAGCGCCAAGGCAGUAGAUUACGCUAUGACGGUGACGCUGGGAUCCCGUAGCACGGAAGCUAAAGCAACCCUGACCCAAGGAGUAACAGGUGUCCUUUCUUGCCUGGAGAGGCUGGCUGUGUCAUCUCUGGAUCAGUGAUUGUCUAUUUAGGCGGGCUUUCUGGGGACCAUAGGUAUAAUAACUCUCAGGAUAUCAUGUCGAGCUAUUGAGCAUGCAUGCGUUGAGGUCGAAGCAUCAAUCUAAAAAAUAUUCAGGCGCGAUGGGUUGAAAUGUUACAAUCGGGAUAUUUAGAUUGUCAAUACGAGUACGCUAGUUCCUUCAAACAUAACGGGAAUUUGUAAAGCCCAAUACCUACAUACAGUGCUGACUUCACCCGGCAACGGUCGCGGUUAGUCAGCCUUCAAGGUAAUUAACAUUUCGGUUGAAUGCACGGAGAACCGAGGCUUUUGCGGAG